CCGUGAGUUUGUCGGGAGGCCGGCGGGGAGGGUGAGCGUGCCCCAUUGUCCUGGCCCCGGCGUUAGCGAUGCAGCAUACUAAAUAGCGGCUUCGUUCAACCAAGUCUAGCAUUCUCCGCCCCAACCGUAGGGUACAGAAAUCAGGGGUUUGUAAGGAGGAAUCUGAGCGAGGUCCUGCCAGUAUUGUAGUGGACAACACAGACUGACCAGUAUGUCUAAACGGAAACUGACCGACCCGGAUGGGCCGGGAGUGUCUGACUUGGACGAGUCGGAUUCCCAAGAUGGGCUGGAGCAGGACCACAGCAGCACCUCCACUCCUACAUCAUCAUCUUCUGAGGAUGAAGAGGAGGAGAACUGUGUAGAGAGGGAGACAUACCUGGCAAAGGACAUCCGUCCACUCACUCCUCCUGACCCAAGUAUUGUUCCAGCACCAAUACUGAAGAAAGGUAAGAAGGCAAAGGGUGGAAAGAUUGCUUUUGAUGGAGUUACAGUCUUCUACUUCAAGCGUACACAAGGUUUCACCUCUGUUCCCAGUCAAGGUGGAUCUACACUUGGUAUGUCAGCCCACCAUUGCCAUGUGCAGAAGUUUAGUCUGAAGGGAUAUGAGGAGGAACAGGACCGUGUGCACCAGGCCAUCAUCCGUCAUCAUAAACAUCAGCAGCAGAUGGUCAAGCAGAUGGCCACUGAUAGUUCCGAGUCACAGGGAGAGGAGUCUGAGUCGGACCCAGAUGACCCUGAUGACUACUACUUCCUGCAGCCUGUCGCCACCAAGAGAAGACGUCUCAUGCUACGAGCAGCAGGAGUUAAGCGAAUUGACAGUAAUGAGAAAAGGGAGCUGCGUCAGAUCCGCAUGUCUCGUGAGAUGUGCGGGUGCAACUGUCAGGUGUACUGUGACCCGGAGACAUGUGCCUGCAGUAUAGCAGACAUCAAAUGCCAGGUAGAUAGAUUGUCGUUUCCGUGCGGCUGCACCAAGGAUGGCUGUGGGAACCUGGCUGGGAGGAUUGAGUUCAACCCUGUGCGUGUGCGGACACACUUCAUCCACACCAUCAUGCGACUGGAGCUGGAGAAGAAGCAGAACGGACUCCACCCCAGGGGAACCACCGGUGGGGAGAAGGUGAAAACGGUUGUGAACAUGGUCGGAGCUGAUUCUGACGAUGGCGCUGUAGUCGACCUGAACGGUCACUCUGCACAUGACAGGCUAGCCAAACCUGCCUCUGAUGGGGCCCUCCUGGUGUCACCUGUCAAUCAUGGACACUUAGAAGUUGCCUACCAGGUACCCCAGGCUAGUUUCCAAAGUCCUGGAACCUCUUCCACCAGUGGAAACCUUUAUAGUUGUGUUCUAAGCCCUCACUGUAAUGGUACUACUAUGUUGCCCAGUGGUCUUCACUAUAAUGAUUCUGAUGAAGAAAAUACUAUUCAACAAAAAUGUGCCAUGUCAGCCGUUUACCAGUUUAAGAACCCAGACACCUCUGAAUCCGACAGUAGCGACAGCGAUAGUUAUGUGUAUGAAGAUUGUUCCAACUACAAAUUGUCAUCACCAUUAGAGUGUUGUGUGGAAGAGCACUCGGCUCAGGAAACCCUGACUACUCCAAAGAAUUCUUGCAUUCCUGACCUAUCUGAAGUUGGGUCUAUCGAGGACAAAGUUGGGAAGAGUUACACCAACCUGACGGAUGCGAAGCCCGCGGGAAGACUGGAGCCGCUGGGGCCUGUGGUGGACACAGACGGGCAGGUCGGAGGGGUGGAGACUGUCAGCCUCGUGGCAGACGAGAACUCCAAUCAAGAGAACAUUGUGCCAAUACCGCUGGAAUCCAACCAGAAUCUGUGCAUUCCACUUACCGACAACUCCUCCACAACGUGUGAGCUGGAAAAGUUGGGAAUGGUGGAAUACGAGGAACCAGAGGACAAGAUAGGAACUCUGAGCGAGGAGAACCAAACAUUCAGCGAUGCUAUAAAGGCAUCAAUUGUGGAGACAGUCUCUGUGUAGAGUUGCUAGAUUAGUGUAAGUUAAUCAACUGCAUUUUUUAAUGACAGUAUAGUGUAUAAACUAUCUACAUUUAGAUGUAUGGUAUUGUGAUUCUUCUCUGUGAGAUGUCGUUGUGGCUAUUCUGUGUGACUUUGAUGGUCUAUGCCCAAGCUACUUUUAAAUGUCAAAAACAAAAGGUCAAACAGCUGGGCUAUUUUAUUACAUGUAUUACAAAGUUUUGUCUCAAAGCUGCAGAUUUUCCCCUGGCACUCUCACCAUUUUUAACCUAGUAGUUUAAACAUAUUUAUGAGAUGUUAUAGCCUUGUUGUCAUGGAAAUGUUGGUCAUGUACGUGUAUUUAUUGUGAUACGGAAAACAGAAGUAUGCAUGAAGGUUUGACAAGUCUGAAAAGAAGAAGAUUUCAGUUUGCUUCUCAUGGUGCCUGACAUCAGAUUAUUGUUACUAGAACAUGUUGACUGAAAGUUAACAAAAGGAUUUUCCAGAUUCAUUUAGCUGGAUACACCAUGCAGUACUUAAAGGUGCUUAAAUUCCUUAGUAAAACAGUAAGCCUAGUUACUUUUUGUCUUGACCAGGCUGCAUAUAUUCAGUGGUAGCCAAAGUAUGGCUGUUUUGCACAGCCAGGGCUUCCCAACUAGCCUGUGGCGAGCAUUGCUGACAGGGGCAAUGUUGAAGUAUGUUUCAAGUAUUUGUUGAAAAGGUGCUUAAUUGAUUCAUCAUGUUGCAAUUUACAUAAAUAUAAUGAAAUAUACCCUAAAUGUGAUGUUAUGAAAUUAUUUAAGUAACUUAGACCAUGAUCACAACAAUCAUUAACAUACAGCAUUAUCUAAAGCAUACCUCGUUCUACAGUGGACAAGAGUACAAAAAUGUUGAAAAUGUGGCUGGACCCAGGGUACAACUCCUCCAAAGGAUUGUUUAGAAGGCUAGGAGUAGUAGUAGUAGGAGGAGAAUUAUGUAUACGAAGCAAAUACUGUAAAUGCAUUUCAGUUCACGGGGAUUUAAUUCCGUGGUAGCAGGAAACAGGACUUUUAGCAGCGGUUUUAAGUUUGCGACAGCAACAUGCACUGUAGUCUCUUACUGUCAUGGAAAAAUGUUUGUGGUGGUUUUAAGUUCGAGGUGAAGCGGCCAUCGCGAAAACCGCAAACAUAAAACCAUUGCGAACAUUUCUGCAUUUACAGUACCCAGUCAAACAUCAAAAAGAUGAUAUCUUUGCCUUUAGUAGGUACUUUUUUUCUUUCAUUACCUCCAAUCUUCAUGAACAAACUUGACUAGGCAAAUACAUGUGCAUGUAGCAUGCAUCUGAUAGAUGAAAACUGCCUUCUAAAAGUUGUCAACGUUCCAAAA